GGGUGACGUAAAUUCUGUAUCGCAUUGUGGUCGCCUCGUCGUCAAUCAAAAGAUGCACGGGCCAGAUCUGACAACCCUAGCAAAGCAAGCCCGUCAAUUUCCAUCCCCUUCGCCCGCCCAACCGCGGCCAUGUCUCGACGCGGGGCAAUGUCAUCGACCGCCGCCCCGCGCGCGCGGCUGUCGCCGCCGGCGCCCGCCUCCCACCCGCCGCCGCGGAAACGUGGCCGCUCUCCAUCAUCGGCUCCUGGAAGCACGGCGUCAUCGUGGCGCGCGUCCGCCGAGAACGCCGUGCCCCUCGACCACCACCGCCGCCGCUGGCACAACCCGGAGCGUGCCCCUGGUCGUGUCUGGCAGCGGUUCCGCGCGCCCCAGCUUGCCUUGCCCUCCUCCAGGCUUUGGGUUUGCUCGGAGGACGCUUCGACCUCCCCCUCCGGAGAUGCCUGCACUAUCAUGUCAUACAACAUCUUGGCUGAUUACAAUGCUCAGAAUCAUCCUGACCUUUAUUUGGAUGUCCCCUGGGAUGCACUGAGGUGGGAUUCAAGGAGGCGACUUAUUAUCCGUGAAAUUAGGCACUGGGAUCCUGACUUAGUGUGUCUUCAAGAAGUGGAUAGGUUUCAGGAUAUUGCUACAGGAAUGAAGAGCCGAGGGUACGAAGGUAUAUAUCAGAGGCGAACUGGAGAUACUAGAGAUGGAUGUGCCAUGUUUUGGAAGUCAAAACGGUUACAUCUGCUUGAGGAAGAUAGUAUUGACUUUAGUGAAUUCAACCUGCGAAAUAAUGUUGCUCAAAUAUGUGUUUUUGAGCUUAACGGAACACACAAAUUUGUACUCGGGAAUAUUCAUGUUUUGUUUAAUCCAAAGCGGGGUGAUAUAAAACUGGGCCAGAUUCGCAUGCUACUUGAGAAGGCAAAUGCUCUUGCUGAAAAAUGGGAUAAAAUUCCUAUCGUGCUUGCUGGUGAUUUCAACAGCACACCUGAUAGCGCCAUCUACAAGUUCUUGUCGACAAUGAAGCUGAACAUUUCUUUGCAUGAUAGAAGGCAGUUAUCUGGACUUGAUAGCUCUGAUUUUGGCCUGUAUGAGCUUUGUAGUCUGCUCAAGUAUCAAUGGACUGAUGAAGAAGUGAGAAAUGCAACAGGGUGUUCAAAUGUCGUGGUGGCUGAACAUCCAUUGAAGCUCAGUAGUUCAUAUGCCAUGUUAAAGACAAUAGGGGUCUUCAUGGUGAACCCUCGGCGACUUCCUACCACAAGAAGUUUCUUGGAACUGUUGAUUAUCUGUGGCACACUCGUGGAAUUGAAUGCUCCAGAGUUUUGGACACGUUACCUAUAGGUGUUUUGAGGAGAACGAGGGGUCUUCCAACCAGGGAAAUUGGCAGUGAUCAUUUGCCCAUUGUUGCUGAAUUCUCUUUCCCAGAAUCAGUUGAUGAUUCUGGUGAAGAAGAUGAAUCUGAACAAGAUGAGUCUGAGAAAGAAAUGAGCAAAGCGCAACACUUAUUUUUCUCCUCAGAUAGUUCUGCUGAAGUGGCGGAGUGAUUCAGUAUUUCGGUUGGUCAAAAAGGUUUGAGUUAAGUUAUUCAAGAACAGGGAGUAUGGUGCACCAGGGACUACAUUGCAUCUUCCAUGGCCCAUAAACAGAUCAUCUUCGGCUUCAGUGCACAAUGAAUUUCUCGAUAUCUUUGUCCGUGUACGGUACAGGAUCCUGCUGUCGACAGAAUCAAGUACCACAUUGAACAGAAUCAAGUACGGGCAGCUGUAUGAAAUGCAAGAUUGCAACGAACUACUAGUCUGUAUGAAGUUGAAACGGCAAUUUAGUGGAUGUAUUUAUUACGAAGUUGAAACGGCAAUUUUUUGAAUAGUAACUGGCAAACGGCCCUGUCCCAUUUUCCAUAAAAAUAUAUAAAACACUAUGUGCUCAGCUUUUGGAUUCCAACGUUGUAACCUUGCUCAGCAUGAACGAGAAAACUACGUAAACAAUAGCUUGUCAUAUGCUUUCAAUGAUAUUGCCUUGAGGCCAAACUU